AUGGUGCCUCUCAACUUCUCUGCUCUCCACCCAGCGGCCUUCACGCUGGUGGGCAUCCCAGGCCUGGAGGAGCACCACGUCUGGAUCUCCAUCCCCUUCUGCCUGAUGUACCUCAUCGCUCUUGUUGGAAACUCCCUCCUCUUGGUGGUCAUUCUGUCCGAUCGCCGCCUCCACGGCCCCAUGUACCUCUUCCUGGGCAUGCUGUCCACAACUGACCUGAUGCUGUCCACCGUCACUGUGCCCAAGACGUUGGGUGUGUUCUGGUCCUACUCCAAGACUAUUUCUUUCGAAAGCUGCCUCACCCAGAUGUUCCUAAUAUAUUUUAUUUUCGUCACUGAGUCAGCCAUCCUGUUGGCCAUGGCCUUUGACCGCUAUGUGGCCAUCUGCCACCCACUGAGGUACGGAACGGUGCUGACCCACUCGGUCAUCGGCAAGAUCGGGGCGGCUGCUUUCAGCCGGAGCUUCUGCAUUAUGUUCCCCCCCAUUUUCCUCCUGAAGAGGCUCCCUUACUGUGGGCACCACAUCAUGCCCCACACUUACUGUGAGCACAUUGGUGUCGCCCGCCUGGCUUGCGCAGACAUCACAGUGAACAUUUGGUACGGGGUUGUGGCUGGGUUCCUCUCCGCAGGCUUGGACGCCACCUUGAUUGCUGUGUCGUACGCUGCCAUCCUCCGAACUCUCUUCCGCCUCCCUGCCCGAGGGGCCCACCUGAAGGCCCUGAACACCUGUGGCUCCCACCUCUGCGUGAUCUUCCUGUUCUACACACCAGCCUUUUUCUCUUUCCUCACCCACCGCUUCGGACACAGCUUCCCAAAGCAUAUUCUGAUCCUCUUUGCCAACCUGUAUGUGAUUGUCCCACCCAUGUUAAACCCGAUCAUUUAUGGUGUAAAAACCAAGCAGAUCAGAGAGAGAAUUGCCUACGUUUGCCUUGGGAUGGAGAAAGGCCGCUGGAUGUUGGGCUGA